CCUCCACCUACAGCACCUCAGAGUGACAGACCCCCGCCGUCAGCAUGUCUGUUAAGGCUGUGAAAACCGCUACCUUCUCCACAGUGCCAACCUCUCCCAGGGGACCAAGCCGGGGCUUCAGCAGCCGCUCUUUCUCUGGCUACAGUGGACGAAGUCUUGGUGGUGGCAGGCAGGGUUACACUGCUCGCACCUCUUAUGGGGGUGUGGGCAGCAGUGGAGGUGCUGUUGGUGCUGGGGGGAUUCAGGUGUUAGGAGGGUACGUUGCUGGAGGGUCUAGCCAAAGAGGAGGUGUAGUAGAGCCUGGCAAUGUGGGGUUUGGUGGAGGUAUGGGUGAAGGCAUGGUCAGUGAUGUGGUGGCCCCCAUCACAGCAGUGACGGUGAACAAGAGCCUGCUGACCCCCUUGAACCUUGAGAUUGACCCAACCAUCCAGGCCAUCCGUACAGAGGAGAAAGAGCAGAUCAAGGCGCUGAACAACCGCUUUGCUUCCUUCAUCGACAAGGUUUGCUUUUUAGAGCAGCAGAACAAAAUACUCGAGACCAAGUGGAAACUAAUUCAGGAACAGACCACAUCUCGCUCCAACACAGAUGCCAUGCUUGAAGCCUACAUAGCCAACCUGCGUAAACAACUUGAUCAUCUGGGAAAUGAAAAAGUCAAAGUGGAGACUGAUCUGCAUCAGAUGACUGGCUUGGUUGAGGACUUCAAAAACAAGUAUGAAGAUGAGGUCAACAAGCGCAACGAGUGUGAAAAUCACUUUGUCUUUGUGAAGAAGGACACAGAUGCAGCCUACAUCCUCAACGUGGAGCUGGAGGCCAAACUGGAUGCACUUUCUGAUGAGAUUGAGUUCUUGAAACAGUUCUAUGAUGCAGAACUCAGUGAACUACAGGGCCAGAUCAAGGCAACAUCUGUUGUGGUGGAGAUGGAUAACAGUCGUUACCUUGAUAUGAACGCCAUUGUUGCUGAAGUACGGGUCCAGUAUGAAGACAUUGCUAACCGCAGCAGAGCCGAAGCUGAGCAGUGGUACCAGAUUAAGUAUGCAGAGAUGCAGCAGUCAGCAGAUAAAUAUGGUGAUGACCUGAAGGCAACCAAGGCUGAGAUUGCUGACAUAAAUCGUAUGAUAAUGAGGCUGCAGUCUGAAAUUGAAAUAAUUAAAUCACAGCAAAAUAGUUUGGAGACUCAGAUCGCAGAGGCUGAAGAACAUGGUGAGAUGGCAGUGAAUGAUGCCAAACAGCAGAUGAGAGAGCUGGAACAGGCUCUACAGAGAGCAAAGCAGGAUAUGGCCCUGCAAGUCCAUCAGUACCAGGAACUCAUGAAUGUGAAGCUGGCACUGGAUAUUGAGAUUGCAACGUACAAGAAACUGUUGGAGGGAGAAGAGGACAGGUAA